GUUUUUUUUUUUCUAAAAAAAAUUUCCGAAGUAGAUAGAAGGGUAGUUAGGGAGUAUGCUUGUUCCCUCGUCUUUGCCUCCAAAACUUUCAAACUCAGCCCUGUUUCACAUUUGCUUCAAAUCCAGUUCCUUCUUCGCUUUCUUCACUUCAUCAACGCCAUUGCUAAGAGCAGUAGUUCCUUCUUCUUUUACUCAAUUACUCAAACAAUGCAAGUCUUGUAUCAAGGCAAAACUUGUCGUCGCCGGCGUCUUUUCACCCUCAGCAGACCUCACUACAUGGUCGUCUCAGGUUGUGUUCUAUUGGAAUAACCUCAUCAAACGCUGUGUUCUUCUCCGACAUCACGAGAGUGCUCUGGUCCUCUUCCGCGAAAUGCUGAGACUUGAUUGGAACCCAGAUGGCUACACAUACCCUUAUAUCCUCAAGGCAUGUGGUGAGCUUCGGUUCCUCCUUUUCGGUGAAUCUGUUCAUUCCUUGAUUCUAUCAUCUGGGUUGGAUUCCAAUGUGUUUGUAUGUAAUGGUCUCAUUGCUAUGUAUGGGAAAUGUGGGCUGUUAGGUCAUGCACGCCAGGUGUUUGAUAAAACGGUUGAGAGAGUAACUGCUGAUGUUAUUUCAUGGAAUUCAAUAGUGGCGGCUUACGUACAGAAGGAUGAGGAUAAGAAAGUUUUGGAGUUGUUUGAUUUGAUGGUUGCGUUGAAUAGUUUUGAGCUGCGGCCUGAUGCUGUUAGUUUAGUUAAUGUACUUCCAGCUUGUGGUUCUUUAGGGGCAUGGAAACGUGGAAAACAACUUCAGGGUUAUGCGAUACGGAGAUGUUUGCAUGAGGACAUUUUUGUAGGAAAUGCAAUUGUGGAUAUGUAUGCAAAAUGUAAGCGUUUGGAUGAUGCUAACAAGGUUUUUGAGCUAAUGGAGGUGAAAGACGUGGUUUCUUGGAACGCAUUGGUCACUGGGUACUCUCAGAUUGGAAGAUUUGAUGAGGCUUUGGGAUUGUUUGAGAGAAUGAGGGAAGAAAAGAUUGAUUUGAAUGUCGUAACAUGGAGUGCUGUGAUUUCAGGGUAUGCACAGAGGGAUUUAGGCUAUGAAGCACUCAAUAUCUUUAAGGAGAUGAGGCUUUCUGGGGCUGAGCCAAACGUGAUCACUCUUGUUUCUGUGCUUUCAGGUUGCGCUGCUAUUGGAGCACUGCGUCAAGGGAAGGAAACUCAUUGCUAUGCCAUUAAACAAAUAUUGAGUUUGGAAGGCAGCAAUACUGAGGAGGAUCUCAUGGUGACUAAUGCUCUGAUUGACAUGUAUGCAAAGUGCAAGGAGAUGAAAAUUGCUCAGGCCAUGUUUGAUGAUAUUGACAGGAGAGGUAGGAAUGUUGUCACAUGGACAGUCAUGAUAGGUGGAUAUGCUCAGCAUGGCGAUGCAAAUGAUGCUUUAGAACUUUUUUCAGCAAUGCUGAAGGAUGAGUACUCUGUAAUCCCAAAUGCAUAUACUAUAUCUUGUGCUCUGGUGGCUUGCGCUCGUCUGUCUAGUCUUAGGAUUGGUAGGCAAAUUCAUGCAUAUGUGUUACGACAAGGGUGUGAACCUACAAAAGUCUUUGUGGCUAACUGUCUCAUUGACAUGUACUCCAAAUCUGGAGAUGUUGAUGCAGCUAGACUUGUGUUCGAUAACAUGAGCCAGAGGAAUGCUGUCUCAUGGACAUCCCUGAUGACUGGCUAUGGAAUGCAUGGUCGGGGCGAGGAGGCUCUCCAAGUGUUUAACGUAAUGAGAGGAGAAGGUCUGCCCAUAGAUGGUGUAACUUUUCUUGUUGUGCUAUAUGCUUGUAGCCACUCUGGAAUGGUUGAUGAGGGUAUGAAUUACUUCAACCAUAUGCAGGGGGAUUUUGGAGUUGUUCCUGGGGCUGAACACUAUGCAUGCAUGAUUGAUAUUUUGGGUCGUGCUGGUCGACUGGAUGAAGCUAUGAAGCUCAUUGAACGCAUGCCAAUGGAACCAACCUCAGUAGUAUGGGUUGCACUGCUUAGUGCUUGUAGAGUCCAUAAAAAUGUGGAUCUUGCGGAGCAUGCCGCUGCAAAGCUGUCAAAAUUGGAAACUGAGAAUGAUGGGACUUAUACACUUCUUUCAAAUAUAUAUGCUAAUGCCAAACGUUGGAAAGAUGUGGCUCGGAUUAGAUCUCUUAUGAAACAUUCUGGCAUAAGGAAGAGACCUGGAUGUAGUUGGGUUCAAGGAAAGAAGGAGACUGUUACAUUUUUUGUCGGGGACAGAUGUCAUCCAUUGUCUGAAAAGAUAUAUGAUCUCCUCGAAAACCUAAUUCACCGUAUCAAAGCAAUGGGCUAUGUUCCGGAGACAAGUUUUGCGCUUCAUGAUGUAGAUGAUGAGGAGAAAGGUGAUCUUCUUAUUGAACAUAGUGAAAAGUUGGCCCUUGCUUAUGGCAUUCUCACGUCAGCUCCUGGAGUGCCUAUCAGAAUAACCAAGAACCUGCGAGUUUGUGGAGAUUGUCAUACUGCAAUGACAUACAUAUCCAAAAUCAUUGAGCAUGAAAUUAUACUGAGGGACUCAAGUCGCUUUCAUCAUAUCAAGAAUGGAUCUUGCUCUUGUAGAGGGUUUUGGUAGUAAGUUUUGUUAUGGUGGAACAUUUGCAUGGUAUACAAAAAGAAGGCCUCUUGAAAAUGAAGUAAAAGUUCAUAAACAAACCACUGGACAGUGAGAUUUGCAACACUUCUGCUUUUCAGAAGAGUGACACAGUGAGUGCAAGAACAUGGAAACAAGAGUACAGAGUGGGGCAUUUUCUUUUUAAUGGAAGAACCAAGAACUAGUCCUGCAGAUUGGGUUUUAAACAUAUUAUUCAUAAGGAUCAUUCUGCAAGUGAGGCCCAGAAUUGCAGCAUAAUAUUCUAUUUCCUUCCAGUUUACCACAAUUGGAUGUGCUGAAAGUUUGCAAUGCAAAGAAGGUAAUGUAAAGAAGCUUUAAGAUAGUGCCUAAUAAGGUGAGAAGUUAUUCAUAUUUGUGCACUAUUUUUCUCAAUACUUCAUCUGCCAACUUCACUGAAUACAACUAUACUUGGAUAUUCGCAUCAUUCUGUGAUGUUAUAAUGUUGGGGCAGACAUCAGAACGAGCUUUUCUUUGUGGGAAUGCUUAAUUAGAGCUUACGGUGAUGAAAUUACCAAACUGAAAUGGUCAAUUAGAAUACUUUUGAGAUCCUCGCUGGAAAUGUAUAAGAGAAAACAGAUUUUUUCGUUUCUCAAAGUUAUUGUCACAUCAAAUUAACCUUUAGUUAGGUGGUUUCUUAACACAUCAAACACCAUUAUUGCAGACAUCUACAUGUAUAAGGAUGUAUUCAUGUGCAUAUAUACACGGAACAUAUUAGUUUAUUACACUUAACUCUUUCCUCAGACAGUAUACUAUUCUGAUUUAUUGUUUAAAGUGUACAAUUGUAUCUGUAUGCUAUAUUAUUAACAAGGCAUUGUAAAAAUCCAUUGGUUGCUUGA